GAAAUACAACGAUUUAUAACGUUUCCUGUUUUCCGCCAUUAUUUGUUUUUGUUUGAAACCGGCAAAAAGGCAGUUGACAAAUCCAUGUAAUCACAACGUAAUGUGCAUUUAAAAAUAAAUCUCAAUAUACAUCAUUGAGUUAAAUAAAUUAAGAUGUCGAUUGGAGUACCUAUUAAGGUGCUGCAUGAGGCAGAAGGACACAUAGUUACUUGUGAAACUUCAACCGGUGAAGUGUAUAGAGGAAAACUGAUUGAAGCAGAAGAUAACAUGAACUGUCAGAUGGCAAAUAUCACAGUAACCUACAGAGAUGGUAGAGUUGCUCAACUUGAAAAUGUUUACAUCAGAGGCAGCAAAAUAAGAUUUUUUGUGUUACCUGACAUGUUAAAAAAUGCCCCGAUGUUCAAGAAAGUCCAAGGCAAAGGUGGCGGUGCUGGUCGAGGAAAGUCUGCUAUCUUGAGAGCUCAAGCUGCUCGAGGCAGGGGACAGAGAGGAAGAGGUGGUGGAAAUAUCUUCCAAAAACGUCGUUGAUGUUGAUUGUUCCAUCUCAUCACUGUCUUUAUGUACAUUUUUUCAAUCUGAUCAUCAUAUUUGUCAUUUUUCUUUGGUACACAAAAUUUUUCAAACAAGUACUUUUUCAUUUUUGAUGUUAUAAUAAAUUUUUUCCAUAAAAUG